CCUUAUAUAUACCGGUUGCGAGCCCGCGCUGCCAUUCCUUCAGCAGUUCUCUGCUUGUUUGUGUUGGGAAUGGCUCGGACCAAGCAGACGGCGCGCAAGUCCACGGGCGGGAAGGCGCCCCGCAAGCAGCUGGCCACCAAGGCCGCCCGCAAGAGCGCGCCGGCCACGGGCGGCGUGAAGAAGCCGCACCGCUACCGGCCCGGCACCGUGGCCCUGCGCGAGAUCCGCCGCUACCAGAAGUCCACGGAGCUGCUGAUCCGCAAGCUGCCCUUCCAGCGCCUGGUGCGCGAGAUCGCGCAGGACUUCAAGACCGACCUGCGCUUCCAGAGCUCGGCCGUCAUGGCGCUGCAGGAGGCGUGCGAGGCCUACCUGGUGGGGCUGUUCGAGGACACCAACCUGUGCGCCAUCCACGCCAAGCGCGUCACCAUCAUGCCCAAGGACAUCCAGCUCGCGCGCCGCAUCCGCGGCGAGAGGAAGUAUAUAAGCACAGCCCGCGAGGACGCUGGUAUUGCCUUCUUUCCAACUGCAGGCAUGUCCGGUCGCGGCAAAGGCGGGAAGGGCCUGGGCAAGGGCGGCGCCAAGCGCCACCGCAAGGUGCUGCGCGACAACAUCCAGGGCAUCACCAAGCCCGCCAUCCGGCGCCUGGCGCGGCGCGGCGGCGUCAAGCGCAUCUCCGGGCUCAUCUACGAGGAGACGCGCGGGGUGCUCAAGGUCUUCCUGGAGAACGUGAUCCGCGACGCCGUCACCUACACGGAGCACGCCAAGCGCAAGACGGUCACGGCCAUGGACGUGGUCUACGCGCUCAAGCGCCAGGGCCGCACCCUCUACGGCUUCGGCGCACCGGCCGGAGGCAGUUUCCAGGGACGCGGUGCCCUGCAGGUGCCACUAGGUUCCUUAUCUCGGGGGCAGGACGGCGGCAAGAAGCUUCCACGUGUUCGUGCAAAGGAGCCCCCAUGGCUGCUGCCGCCGCCCACACGAAACCGGAGGGGCGGCCGGCUCUCCUUCACUGGUAAGAUCCUCAGCAUGGCUCGUACCAAGCAGACGGCGCGCAAGUCCACGGGCGGGAAGGCGCCCCGCAAGCAGCUGGCCACCAAGGCCGCCCGCAAGAGCGCGCCGGCCACGGGCGGCGUGAAGAAGCCGCACCGCUACCGGCCCGGCACCGUGGCCCUGCGCGAGAUCCGCCGCUACCAGAAGUCCACGGAGCUGCUGAUCCGCAAGCUGCCCUUCCAGCGCCUGGUGCGCGAGAUCGCGCAGGACUUCAAGACCGACCUGCGCUUCCAGAGCUCGGCCGUCAUGGCGCUGCAGGAGGCGUGCGAGGCCUACCUGGUGGGGCUGUUCGAGGACACCAACCUGUGCGCCAUCCACGCCAAGCGCGUCACCAUCAUGCCCAAGGACAUCCAGCUCGCGCGCCGCAUCCGCGGGGAGCGGGCGUGAGCUCCGUCCCACCCACUUGCGCCGAAACCCAAAGGCUCUUUUCAGAGCCCCUCAUCUCUCAUCAGUGAAGAGCUGUGGCGCCUAGAGACUGCCUGGCAGCCUGUGGGAACGUUCACUGUGGGAAGGUUUCUGAGCGCAUUUCCCGUGUGACACGCGUAGUGCACGCGAAGGAUGUCCUGGCGUCCAGCAUCUGGCUGUGCCCCGUAAACCCAACCCCAGCCUCGUUUCCGUGUCUGGCACAUUCCUGCUCCAUCUCAGCCAUGAGAAGCAUUUUGUGGCAAAGCACUUUUUGCAAAAGCUCAGCCAUGUUAUAAAUUGGCUAUAAGAAACUUGUAGAACUUUAGUUCAGCUUGCUGAGGUUUUUGUAAUUUUGAUGCGCUUUUAAUUUUUUCAAAGAUUUUUGGCCCCUGUCCUUCAGUGGUUCGUCCCUUUCACUUAUGGCUUAAGGAGUAACUAGUAUCGCUCCAAGUGUUCUAAAUGUGGCUGGUUUUUGUUUCAAUGUCCUGUUGAGCUUUGUGCAUGUGACCAGUGGGCUGAUGGCUUGCAGGCUGUAGGCUGUCCUUUGUAAAAUGAAUUCGCAAGAUGGCUGACACUUUUCUAGGCCUUUGGUAAGUGUUUUAAAGAUGUCCUUGUCUGAUUUUUUUUUCCUUUUUUUAGAUAGGGCCACACUAGGCUAUAUCUGAGGUGGGAUUUUUUAAGCUCUUUCUUGUGUGCACUCAUGAUUUUCUGGCUUGUGGGUGUUUUUUUUUUUUUUUUUUUUAACAGAACUCGGCUCUUUAUUUUGUACAAUUUUCCAGCUUUUUAAAGUCUCCAGUGUGCUCUUCAGAUAUGUCUAUCUUUUCAUUUUGCUGCUUGCCUUGUGGGGUGGGCAUCUUCCCCCCAGGAGGUGGUAGGUUAUAUGGAAGCAAUUGUUCUCCAGUGUCUUCAGCCAGGGCAGCAUGGGGGCCUUCCCUUCCUAUUUUUGGACUUGUAUUUGCCCUUCCAGAGCGCCUUACAUCCCAACUAUCAGCUUCCUGGAAACUGGAAGAGUCUCUGAAUGCUUCAGAAACUAUCCUGACCCAUCGGGCCGAAGCCCCUUCCUGCAGAGCUUGGAGCUCCUGGACUGUCAGGUGUAGGGACACCUGGUGCUGCCUGUUCUGAGCUUCAGAGAGCGUCCUCUCUCCACACCGUCUCAGAUUUCCCCAUCAUUAUAGAACCAGGUGGUCUAUGUUCAAACCUCAGAGCCACCAAUUAUUAGAUAUACAACCUUUGACAAGUUACCCAUCCUCCUCUUUCCUCUCUCUCUCCUCUCUCAGCCUGUGGAGUUAUAAAAUGUGGCAAAUGAAUGAAAAUCUGUAGAGC